AUGACGCGAGCCGGACCGCCUAGUGAAAAUCUUCCGACUGUAAAGUUAGUUGUUGUUGGCGAUGGUGGGGUUGGCAAGAGUGCAAUCACAAUUCAGUUCUUCCAAAAACUAUUUGUAACAGACUAUGAUCCCACCAUUGAGGAUUCUUAUAUACAACACACGGAGGUGGAUGGACAGUGGUGCAUACUUGAUGUACUGGACACAGCCGGUCAAGAAGAGUUUAGUGCUAUGCGGGAACAGUAUAUGCGAAAAGGAGAUGGUUUCCUACUGGUCUACUCCGUGACUGACAAGCAGAGCUUUGAAAACAUCCGGCAUUUCCACACCCAGAUCCUCCGAGUUAAGGACAGGGAGACAUAUCCAAUGCUGAUAGCUGCAAAUAAGGUGGAUUUAGUCCAUUCACGCGUAGUAAGCGAAGAGGCAGGUCGCGAUAUGGCAAGACAUCUCAACGCGCCCUACAUCGAGACCAGCGCUAAAGAGCCGCCGCUUAACAUUGAUGCUGCAUUCCAUGAGCUCGUCCGUAUCAUCCGGAACCAUCCGCAGCAGGAGGAGAAACAACGUCGCCGAAGGAAGUUUUUCACUAAAUGCCAAAUACUUUAG